GGAUACAUGAUGCUCCGUCAGAUGCUUCGUGCCUGAAAAAGACGUAAGUGCAAGCAGUAACGCAGUACGAGUACGGAGUACCAAGCAGAACAAAUACCAGCCAUUUUGUACCAACCACACACACACACACAAACACCCAACAACCUCCCCUCCUUAAUAUCCCCCGGUAAAUUACUUUCCGGCAUUCUUUUUUCGCUUCAUUUGCGAGAUUCGCUAUCCGCAUCUUCCUACUCGUGGCAAACGGAACCAUUUUACAAGGCUUUUACCUACUUGACUGGUCAAUCCCGACGUGGUUUGGGAUAUGGCCUUGUUCUAGGUACUGUCGUCCAUUACGCCAAACCCUCUACCAAUUCCGAAAACCUUUGUUCUUUACCAACCCCCCAGGUCGGAAAUUGCACCGGUCAACGUAGCCAUGUCAAUCACCGCUAUCUAUGACUGGCUAGGCCUCGAAGGCACUGCGCCGAAUGUCAAGAUCGCGACACUACCGGCUUCAUAUUUUAAAUUUCCUCCUUCGCCCAAGCCAGCGACCCUCCCACCUCCUCCAGACAAUCCAAGCUUCGCGCAUCCGUUCACGGUACCGGCCGAUAUUUACAAUGCUACCCUCUCUCCUCAUGUCCCCAUCACAGUGGCGCUGGUGUACAUGUCCUUUGUCACUUUCAUGAACUCGGUCAAUGCGAAUCGCAAGCACAAACCUUGGGCAUUCAGCAGAACACGAGUCUUCAAGAUCUUUGUCAUAUUACACAAUGUCUUCCUUGCUGUGUAUUCAGCAUGGACCUGUGUUGGCAUGGUGAACGGUCUCCGUUUGUGCUUGCCAGCCUGGAAUGAUUCACCGACUGUGGCGGACACUGUGGAUGCACUGUGCAAGCUUCAUGGCCCGAGAGGCAUCGGAAAUGCUGCGGCGUAUAAUGCCACCACUAGUGCCUGGACAAUGACAAAUCGUGUAUUUCACCUAGCUGCGGAUGGAUUGGUCCCAGAGACAACAGAUGUGGGCAGAAUGUGGAAUGAAGGAUUGGCCUUUUAUGGCUGGCUUUUCUACCUCUCCAAGUUCUACGAGGUCCUCGAUACCUGUAUCAUUCUGGCAAAAGGAAGGAAGAGCAGUUUUUUGCAGACGUACCACCACGCCGGAGCCAUGCUGUGCAUGUGGGCUGGCAUCCGGUACAUGUCGCCCCCCAUCUGGAUGUUUGUCCUUGUCAAUUCCGGAAUUCAUGCCAUCAUGUACACUUUCUACCUUGUGUCUGCCCUCGGAAUGCGAGUCCCGAAGUGGUUCAAGCAGUCCUUGACUACGCUGCAGAUCACACAGUUUGUCGUCGGAGCAACAUAUGCCUUCUCGCAUCUGUUCAUUGCCUACCAGGCGCCUGUUAGCGUAGCAUACACCUACUUUCCCGGAGAGGUGGCGUCGAAGAUUGUGUACAGCAUCCCGAGCGACCUUUCGGCCACGGCAUCAAGCGCAAUGGCGACGGUCUCGGCUGGACUCGGUGCAUGGAUGAAGAAAGCUGCUUUACGAGCCGCUGGUUAUGAAGGACUUGCACAAAACGUUCUUAACGAACAAGGCCGGCCUUUUGGUCUCGAUGCUGUCAAUGCUGUGGAGGAUUUGGUGGCUAGAGAAGAGACCAGGUUUCGGGAUGAGCUGCAAUGGACGCAUUGCCUCGACACCAGUGGACAAGUGUUUGCGAUUCUUUUGAAUUGUAUGUACCUUGCUCCACUGACCUGGCUCUUCGCGCAAUUCUUCGUAACUUCGUACCUGAAGAGACAGGAGCGGAGACGAAGCAGUUCUGCAAGCGACAUAGCUAUGCGGGCUAGGCAAAGUCUGCAAGAUGCGUCAAAGGGUGUGGCACGAAGACUCAGUGAGGCCGUGGAAGAGAUGCAUCGAACCUCAGAAGAUAUUGGCGAUGAAGAUGCCAUCGCCGACACAGAUGAGAUCAAAAAGGAGUUUGAUCAAGCUGCAGAACAAGUCAAAAGCAGUGUCAGAAAAAGCUCAAAACAUGUUGCCUCCAGAUUGAACACCGAGAAGGUCAAGGAGCAAUUCCAGCGUGACCUUGAGACGAUCAAAGAGGGUGCAAAGACGGUGAGCGACAAGGUCAAGACAGCAGCGAACAGCCAAACGGCGAAAGAUAUCGGCAACGUAGCUGCAGAAAAGGCCAAUGAACUGGCCAAUAUUACCAAAGAUACGGCAGAUGUUGUGGUACAGAAGGCCACGUCGCUGUCGAGCGCCACCACCAAGGAUGCUCAAGAUUCUGUUGGGCAAACGGCGACGACUGUGACGAACGCUGCAAGGAAUGCACAAGAAUCCGCAGCCCAGAAAGUAAAGGACACCACCGAUGUGGCUCAAAAUACCGCAACGAAGUCCUCUAAGAAGGCUAAAAAGGCCGCUAAAGCAGCAGAAAAUAACGCUGCAAAGCAGAAGGAUACUACAGACCAGAACACUGAGGAUAUCAAAGACUUAAGGUGGCAUGCCAACACCUCGAGAGAAGACAAAGCCCCAAACGGAAAUGGCACCGGCGCAGGAGAGGCGACCGGUCAAAAAUCUCAAGCCAGCAAUGAUGAAACACAGACUGGCGAAACCGAGGAAGAAAAUAGCCAAGUUCAAGAGGGCAAGAGCUUUGCGGAUGCUGCCAAAGAGUGAGUCCUUCAAUGAUGAAUUUCGCAAGGUCCUACUCAAAACUCCAACACGACGGUGCUAUAAUUACACAGCACACGAUAUCACUCCAAACACUGAGCGUCCGAGGCCCAGUCAGUCUUAGGGAUGUUGCUGGAAGUAAUGUGCCGCAAGCUUGUUGCUCGACACCACCGUCGUCCGGUUGCUAAGCCACAGAUCUAUAUCGAUAUACUCGCUAGGGGUCGAGUAGACUGGCUUGAGACAUGUUAUUAUAUCACGCCCUACUCCAUCAACACAUAUGUUCGGAGCGGAGCCACUGUGCCAUUGACAGACAUCACAAGACGCGCAACCACAGCCAUGUAGGUAGUGUAAUGCUUAGAUUUCAAUCUUCAAUGUAAAAAAAAUAAUGUAA